CCCUCCCGCCAGGCCCCACCCAGGAGGCCCGGCUGUCUGCAGACGGCUGGAAACCUCGCUCCGGCGAUUGAGUCAGGGGAGUGCAUGGCUCCCCCGCCCUGGGGAGCGCCGGGCAGUUCCUGAGUGAAGGGCGGGCAAAGGACGCUCCAGGGAGGAUGGCCCUGCCCUGGAGGCGGGACUACGCGAUGCCCCGCCCACCGCGCGGCUGUUGCCCAUACAUGGAAGUCGCCACCUGGCCAGGGCCACUGAGGAAAAAAACCUCAGGCACUCAAUCCUAGCAGAGAGCGCUUUAUCUACUGAGCCAUCUCUCCAGACCUCCGGUAACUCCUGACUUUGGCUGGCUGGGAUCCUGUCAUUUGACUGAACAACAGGAUAUGAGUGGACUUGCUGCAAAGGAAGCCUGGAUGAGCCUGUGUGGCAGGGCUUCUGACAGUGCUAAUUCAGAAGGGCGAGAGGGGUCUAGAUGGUGCUGUCUCAGCCAAUCAAAAGACUUGCAGCUAGAAGAAGCAUUCAGCUGUGCUGGGAGCCGGAGAGUAGUGUCAUUGUAUGACACUUAGUUUGGGGUGGUUUGUUCUGUAGCAAGGACUGAUUAGCACAUGAGGUCAAAGGCCAUGGAUGAUUUACAGUACUCAUUACACGUGAGUUUUGCUCUCUGAGAAGCCGGAAAUCAAUUCACCAUGCCACUGGCAGUGUGUGGGACACCUACAAAAAUACUCAUACCCUCCUCCAGCUGAUCAUGAAAAUUUAAAUGUCCGAAGAAGGAGGGAGGAAGGGAAGGAGAGAGGGAGAGAGGGAGAAUGAAUAACCACAGCACCACACAUGCAGAUCUUACAUUGUUUUGUUCCAGACUGAAUCCUUAUUAUACAGGCUUGAAGAGAUAAUAAACUCAAGAAAGAUCUAAGUGAUUUCUAUUUUUAAUAGCUGACUUUAUUUGUAGCAUAGUUAUGUGCAAUCCAUAUGGCUGGUAAUACAUGGUAUCACUAAUCCUUAUUUUAGAAAAGACCUGUUCUUUUGAUAAUGAUUUUUUUUAAUGGUGUGUGAUGUACAUGCACUGUUAAGUUUGUGGUUAUACAAAUGCAAGCACGAGUGGACAUAUGUGCUGCGGCCAGAGGACAUUCGGUGUCUUCCUCUAUGGCCCUCUGCUUCUAUCUUGAGACAGAGUCUCUCCCAGCCCCGGAUGUUUGCCGUUUCUCCAUCAGUCUGUCUCCCUCUCUAAUGCUGGAGUUUUAGGCGUGCUCAGACAUGACCAGCUUUUCAUGGGUGCUGAGGAUUUGAACUCAGGUCUUCAUAACUGUACAGCAGACACUCUUAUUCACUGAGUUAUUUCCCUAGCCCCUGAUAAUGAUUUUUAAAUAUUUCAAUAUGACAAAUAUUUAUAUUCAGGGAUAUUCUCGUCACAGAGUUAAUUGUUUUCAACAUCACAUUUUACUUCCGAAAUUUUAAAAACCUAGCUAUCAAAUUGUGAAUGUACAUAUUUUAAAGCUUGUUAUCAGGUAUAACUGCUAUUCAUAUAAUAAAAGUUUAAAUGGAGCAUAAGGAGACUAUUUGAGAGCUGGACAGUUUAUUAAAUCCUCAGACUGUAAGGACUUCUGUUCAGUUCAAAGCACCUACAUCAACUCCUUGUUGGAAGAGCAAGUUCACUAUUAUCAGUCUUGUUUCCUAAGUUUCACAAACACACACAAAAGUGUUAGUAAGAAAUUACUAGGAACACAUCUCAAUACUUACGUGAUAAUCAUUUUAUCUUCCUGCACAGUUAGGAGACAGCCUCAACAUGUUAUAAUUACAAUGGCUUAAAUAACCUGAAAACAACCACAAACAAAACCAGUAUUAAUUAAGUUCAACAAUGAAAUCUGGAAGGCACCAAAGUGCCAAGCACUCUGCUGCAGGACUCAUUAGCGUUUAGCAAGCUGACCUCGGGUCGCCUACACAGUGUCCAGAGAAACGAGUCAAAAGAGCAUCAUGCAUCUCUUGUCCCCCUGACCCCUCCAUCCAGUCACACAGCCUCAGGCCUCCACAAUGGCUGAACAAAGGGUUCUCGCCAGAUGCCUCUUCCACCCGGGAGCUGUAUGGGCCGCUAAUCCUCCGCACAAAGCAGCCGCGGCUCGCCAUUGUUGGGGCGCCCGCCCCGAGGGCACACUGUUGACAGGCUCUGGAAGGUCCCAGCGCGGCUGACCCAUGCCUAUUUAGCCGGCACCGAGAGGGCCGCGGCCUCCCGGGAGCCAUGUACCGCCGCAGCUACGUUUUCCAGGCCCGCCAGGAGCGCUACGAGCGCGCCCAGCCCGCGGGGCCCGCCGCGCAGCCCGGGGGAACGGCACCCGGUUUGGCGGCGCUGCAGGCUCUGGGAGAGCGCGUGGCCGCCCAGGUCCAGCGGGCCCGUGCGCUCCAGCAGCGCCACGCCGGCCUGCGGCGGCAGCUCGACGCCUUCCAGCGCCUAGGCGAGCAGCCGGGGCCCGAGGACGCCCUUGCCCGCCACGUCGAGGCCAAUCUGCAGCGUGCCCGGGACCUGGCAGCCGAGCGCGCGCGGCUGGAGAGGCAGGAGGCCGAGGCGCAGCGAGCGCUCGACGAGUUCCGGAGCAAAUACGAAAAUGAGUGUGAAUGUCAAUCAGUGUUAAAAGAAAUGCUGGAGCGCCUUAACAAGAAAGCCGAUGAAGCCUUAUUGAGGAAUCUGCACCUUCAGUUGGAAGCACAAUUUCUGCAGGCAGAUAUCAGUGUGGCCAAGGACAGGUACAAAAAGAAUCUUCUGGAAAUCCAGACCUACAUCAGUAUCCUGCAGCAGAUCAUCCAGACUGCUCCUCAAGUGUCCCUGGUGACUAGUGGGAUGCGAGAGGAAAAGCUGCUGACAGAACGGGAAGUGGCUGCCCUGCAGAGCCAAUUGGAAGAGGGCAAGGAGGCGCUCACCCAUCUGCAGGCACAGAAAGCUGAGCUGCAGGCCCAGACAACGGCCCUCGAACAAGCCAUUAAACAUGCUCAUGAGUGUUAUGAUGACGAGAUACAGCUUUAUAAUGAACAGAUCGAAAACCUACGGAAGGAGAUAGAGGAGGCCGAGCGGUCUCUGGAGAGGUCGUCUUAUGACUGCAGGCAGCUGGCUGUGGCCCAGCAGACCCUGAGGAAUGAGCUAGACCGAUAUCAUCGGAUCAUUGAGAUCGAAGGCAACAGGUUGAGCUCUGCUUUCAUGGAGACUCCCAUCUCGCUGAUCGGCCCGAGCCAUGGGGCCUCUCUCAGCCUUGGAUCCAGCGUGAAAGAUCUCACCAGGGCUGUGCAGGAGAUCACAGCUGCUAAACCAAGACCAAAGGUCCUCCCCAAGAGCCUUCCGAAAAGGAAGGAGAUUAUAGCUCAAGACAAAGUGGACGAAACUCUGGAAGAUGCACAAUUAAAAACUCUGCAAGAGCCAAACCCAGCGCAGGUGGAGCUUCAAGCAGACAGUGAUUCUCAGCUAGGACCGAGGGGUGGACAUGAAGUAAGUCCAACACAAGAAGGGGGUCCCGAGGAUGUACCAGAUGGGGGCCAGAUAAGCAAAGCCUUCGGGAAGCUGUGUAAAGUGAUCAAAGAGAGAGUGAGUGGCCCCAAAGAGCCAGUGCCAGAGCCUCCCGCUGACCUCUUCACCAAAGGACGGCAUAUACUGGUCACAGGGGAUGCCAGUUUUGUAGACCCUGAGUUCUGCUCCUCCUCCAUCCCAGCUAGAGGUGGGGUGGUGGUUUCCAUUGAGGAAGACUCUAUGUAUCAUGAUGGCCACGUGGAGCCCUCUCCUGGGCAGCCCGUGCCAUCUGUGGAGAAUGGACAGGGGGCUGCCCAGGGCAGGGCAGGUGACCAUUCAGACCAUCAGCAGGUUACAGGUACAAAUGGGAUAGGGGUCAAGGAACCAAAAGACCUGGAAGGAAAAGAUGAUUAUGGCCAGAAGGAAGAUGAGGGGCCCAGGGGACCCUGUCCCGUGAUCAUACCUGGUCCUGAUGGACCAUCUACGUCCCAUUCACAAAUGUCUGGGUCUAAUCAGGAUGGACCAGAGGGGCCCAAUAGUAAGAGCAGUAGCCUGCCAGCAAAAAGCCCUCCAAAGGCUUUAGCUUUUAAGAAGGUAGAGGUGGUGGAAUCUAUUGAGAAGAUUUCAACAGAGAGUAUUCAGACAUAUGAAGAAACCUCUGUAAUUGUGGAGACUGUGAUUGGGAAGACAAAGGCCGACAAGAAACUGGGAGAGAAGGGCUCUUAAAAUGCCAGGGCUUGAAGGAAGGAAGUGUCUGGGACCAGUGUAGAAGUGCCUCAAGAUGGGUUCCUGUUUGGAUUAGAUCAUAGUUGACCUGUCUGGCAUUGCCAAUGACCUUCAUUAAAAUGCUUUUAUUUUGCUUGCACCA